GUAACCUUUUACCGCAGAGAGCAGCACCACCCCUGUUUUACACGUUCCUCUUCUACAUUUGGACUUUAACAGUCAUUGUGAGAAAACAGCCAGUGUUACAGCAGCACUUCAUUUCUGUGUUAUAUGAAAUUAGCUUCGUUGGAUAUUUCUGAUUGUAAUAAUGGACUGUGCCGAAGACAGGCUGGUCAAUGUUGACAAAUGGAUUGCGGAAAAUGAGAAGGCUUUCCUCCCACCUGUCUGCAACAAGCUCAUGUUUUUCCGGCAGCUGAACAUCAUGUUUGUGGGAGGCCCUAACACCAGGAGGGAUUAUCACAUCGAGGAAGGGGAAGAGCUUUUCUACCAGCUCCGAGGGGACAUGGUGCUGAAAGUGGUUGAGAACGGAAAGCACAAGGACGUGCACAUUCGCGAGGGGGAGAUGUUCCUGCUGCCAGCACGCAUCCCUCAUUCCCCUCAGAGACAAGCCAACACUGUGGGGCUUGUAGUGGAGCGAAGGAGGCUUCCUUCAGAGUUGGACUGCUUGAGGUACUAUGUGGAUAACACCACCGAUGUCCUGUUUGAGAAAUGGUUCUAUUGCGAAGAUCUGGGAACCCAGCUCGUGCCAGUUAUCCAGGAGUUUCUCAACUCAGAGCAACACAAAACUGGGAAACCAAACCCAGAUGAACCAAUCGCACAGCAGCCAUUCCAGCUCAACACCAUGAACGUGAUGACGCCGUUCAGCUUCAGACGCUGGAUGGACAAGGGCCGUUCAGAGCUGGACCAAGGACGGGCUCUCAAUAUGUUUGGGGCACAGUUUGAGACAGAGACUGUGCUGUAUGGGCCUGGGGAAAAUGCGGUGUGCAAACGGAAUACUGAUAUUUGGAUAUGGCAGCUGGAGGGAACAUCUCACGUGACGGCGGAAGGCACGUUGUUCAGCCUUUCUCCCGGAGACAGUCUGCUCGUUGCGGGACAAAGCGAGUACCACUGGAGGCGCCACAAGGGCUGUGUUGCCCUGUUCAUUGUUCAAGAUCCCGAGAGGAAGAGCGCCUACAUGUGACACCAUGUGACACCCUUGGCCAACCUCAGUCACACGAUCAGAUGGAUGAAAAAGGAGAAA